GUGGCUUUUUUGCGGCAAAGCUUCGAUGAUUGGAUGCCUGCCAAAAUAAAUAUGUCGGCUGUAUUUGCUUGAUCAAAUUUGACAAAGAAAAAUAUAAACAGGUGGCGUUAUGUUAAUAUGGACAAUCUUCAUAAGUAACAUUGGCAUGCUACAGGCGUAAUGGUGAGUAUUUAAGAGCUAUAACUUGAGGUGAGGCUGAAGACGGUGGAGCGAGAUUGAACACGAGACAUUGCUGGUCAGUCAUCUUAAACCAUGCCUUCUGCUGUGACAACUGUCCUUCUGAUGUUGGCGCUGAUGGUCGCGUCAGCCUCCGCUCAAUCUUUGAAUCGCGAAGACAUGACUGCUCUCUGUCACAACAUCCAGCUGCAGCCGUGUGAUGGCGGGGAGUACCGCCUGAACGAUGACAGCUGUGUCAAAAUGUUACCCAGCCAAUUGAUUUUCACAGACGCACGGAGAGGGUGUCAAAUGAUCGGCGGUGAUGUGGUCACAGUGAAAAAUGGCGAGGAGUUACAUAAGCUAUUGUGUAUGAUGUUCAAAGCACUUCCGGUGCGACUCCACUACUGGAUCGGUGCCGAAAGAGGACCAGGUGGUUUUCAUUGGAUCGAUGGAAGCGGACCACUGGAGUCUUCCCCGUGGCGUGAAGGUCAGCCUGAUAACUUUCACCACAAAGAGAACUGCGUGUGGAUGAACUCUGGCUCUUGGGGUCCAUGGAACGACGGGUCGUGCUCGGUGUUCAAUUCCGUGGCAUGUCAGAUCCCAAAGUGAUGGUUUGCUUCUCCAAGGGUUUAACAUGAGCAGCAUUUCACUCACUUCAAUAAACUUCCAAGCUUCAGAC